ACAGGGCAAAGAGUGGAGAUUGCGAAGGGGAAAUGGAAGUGGAAGCGUAAGUGGAGGCUCCAAUAAAGCGACGCUAAUGGGCCGUGGCUCCCUCGUUUGCCCCGUCACCUCAUUGCAUUUACCAAUUACCAAUUACCAUCAACCUCCUUUUAUUUUUAUAAAGCUUUUUCUCAGAAUCUUUUUUCCUUUCUCCAAUAAUUUCCCACUUUCUCUGUUAGAUAUAUUUUUUUCUUGCCAAGCCAAAAGCUGCUCCUGCUGCUUUGUUAAUUAUUAUCUAAUCUCCUUCCACGUUCCUCACACUUACAGCGUACAACUUACUCUCCAAAUUAAGCAGGCGCUGCUGCCGCUGUUUUCACUUGAUCGAAAAUCAUUCGAUUGGGAGUACGAUGGAGUUAUUUGAGUACCAGCAGCUUUUAUACGCCACAGAUGGGUUCUCUCCUGCCAGGCUCAUAGGCAAAGGAUCGCAUGGAUGGGUUUACAAAGCAAUACUGGAGGAUGAUACGGUGGUGGCCGUGAAGAAGCCAUUGGAGAGCAACUCCAAGAAGCUGGAGAACGAAGCGCGAGUGUUGUGUGGUCUAGGCCACAACCCGCUGGUGGUUAACUUUCUUGGAACCAGCGUUGAGAAGAAGAGGCGGCUUCAGCUUCUUGUUAUGGAGUUCAUGCCCAACGGGAGCCUUCACGAUUUGGUUGCGGCGCCCAAUUCCGUGACUUGGCCCAAACGCCUCCAAAUCAUCACGCAGAUUGCGCGUGCCGUCCAAUUCCUUCACGAGGACCUGGUCAUCCACCGAGACAUCAAGCCCCAAAACAUCCUCUUCGAUUCCCAUUGGAAUCCCAAAUUGGCGGAUUUCGGGCUCGCCGUCACCGGCUCCGGCUCCGGUCAGCCCGCCGGAACUAUUGGGUAUUUGGACCCUUGCUACUGCACCCCCGGCAGAGUGAGCACGAAAAGCGACGUUUUCAGUUUCGGGGUGGUUUUGUUGGAGGUUAUGAGCGGUAGAAAGGCGAUGGACGUGUCGAGAUCGCCAGCCUCGAUCGUGGAGUGGGCAAGGCCAUUGAUAGAAGAGCAAAAUUACGGACGAAUUUACGACAGGAGAGUGGCGGUGCCGAAAUAUCUGGAGGGGGCGACGAGAAAGGUGUUGGAUAUGGCGGGUCGAUGCGUGUGUGGGGAGCAAGGGAGGCGGCCUUCGAUGGGGGAGAUUGUGGAGGCCAUGGAAAUGAGCAGUGCUCUGUGUUGCAUUGAACGAGUGAAGCUGUUUCCAGCUUGGUCAAGUCUGGUGGUGGUGAAGCUGAUGAGAAGGCGGCGCCGGAAACAGGGCAAGAAACGGCCCUUCAACGUCAACUAGUACUCUGUUCUGUUGACGGUUAUUGUGAAUUUGAGAAGUGAGAUUGGGUCAAAUCUCAAAUGUGGUGUCGCGGUCAGUGUACAGUGAUAUAGACAAAGAAGAGCAGUCCAAUUCCAAGUUCCAAGCGACUAAACACAAACACAAAGCUCCCAGGAUUAGGUAUUACUUAUUAGGUGGGCCUCCGCAUAGGGUUUAUGUGCUUGAUUAUUUCAGUUUUUUCCCGUCAACAUCCAAUCGAGAAUUGAUGUUUUAAUAAUUGAAUUAUGUGUUUUCGUAGCCGUUAAAAUUGCGGAGUAGAUGAAAUUUGGUACCAA